AUGCCGCAACAUACGCGAAGUCGAACAGGUUGUUUGACCUGCCGAGAUGAUGGCUACAAGUGCGAUGAGGCAAAACCGAACUGUGGCCGGUGCGUCCGGCUCGGCAAGGUCUGUAAGGGGUACGGCCUCAGGGUGAGAUGGAAGGCUGCCGAUGUAUCGACGGUUCCCUCCAAGGUCACGAAACGACGGAGCCCAAGGUCGAAAGGCUCCACAGCACCUCAGAAAGGCGCGUUCAAGCCAACAUCUCCUGAACAGACUGGGAUGGUGAUACCAGGUUUUGCUGAGUCAUCAUCAGCUGCGCCAUCAACUGAGACAAGCCUCAUUCAAAAUCCAUCGUACAUCCCGUCAGAUAUCACCUCAACGAGUCGAUUCUUACUCCAUCACUGGAACUCAUCUCUAGCGAGCGUAGUCUCCAUGGCCUCCGGCAGACAGAACCCAUUUCUCAUUCACCUGACGCCCAUGGUGCUGCGCUCGCCGGCCCUCCUGUUCUCCAUCUCCUCCAUGGCUGCCGGGCACCUCGCAGUACUCCGAAAAGACGAGAAUCUCCGGACAGUGGCAUCGAGACACAUGCUCAUGGCGGUAUCAUCGCUCCGAGAGUCCAUUCAGACAGAGAACCUGGAACUAUCCCUCGCCACCAUUAUGAUGCUCCAGAUCUCAGACAGACUCUUCAAUACGGACAGCCAGAUUGAUCACCUCGCUGGCGCCAAAGCUGUGAUUAUGCACUCGGGAGGACCUGGUAACUGGACGAGCUCUAGCGCACAGUUUCUUCUAAGCCUUUGCUUUUACCAUGACGUCAUGUCAUCCAUCUCACGCACUGCGAAGCCACUCUUGAGCAUGACGAACGUGGCUCCCCUGGAAGGCUUACACAGCCUAGAGAAGCUUACAUCACUUCUCUCUAUUGUUGGCACAAUCAGCAAGAUGCAGGGACAGUCGGGCGAAGCACACCAGCGGCGCGGCUUCAAUAUCAGGAAGAACUUGCUGUCCAUGGACUCGUCCACAGGCGGGGACCAGGACAUUGAGAACACAAUCCAGGCAUACAGGCAUGCGGCUAUUGUCUACCUCUACCGAGUCUGGGACGAUGGCACGGAGCCUCCAAAGCCGUUUCAUGCAGAGCAAUGCAUUCAUCAUCUGCUCAAGGUCCCAAUUACAUCCUCGUUCUGCUCGGCUCACGCCUGGCCUCUCUGGACCGCGGGAUGCGAGUCAGUUGAUCCGCAGAAUCGGCAGCUCGUUAUCGGAAGAAUCAAAGAGAUGUACGCAAGCAGACGGCUUCCGUCUCUGGCGCGAGUUCAACAAGACAUGGAAGAGGUUUGGGUCGCGAAGGACGCCCAGCGUAUGCAGUUUGGAACUGAAAAUGUGGAUUGCUGCAAGAUGAUUUUGGAUAACCGUCACCGAGAGGCAGACCUAGUCUGA